CGGGGCGCUUCUAGGGUUUUUGUUGUUUUUUUGGGGUGUUGAGGAGCGAGGAAGCAGAAGCAGAAGCCGAAGCCGAAGCCGAAGAAGAUGUUUCUGGGAGCGAUACCGCGGCGCCCGGACAAGGCGACGGCGUACAAGCAGCUGAAGACGCACCUGGCGAUAAUGGGGACGUGGAUCGCCGUUAUCCGCGUCACCCCCUACAUCCUCCACUUCCUCACCCAGGAGAAAGAGGAGCUCAAGUUCGAAUUCUAAUGGCGAUCUCCUUCCUUAUCUUCUUCAUCACCUCCCCCACCCCCACUUUCUCCUCAGAUGCUUGAUCAUAGUGGAUUUAUGUGACCGGGCAUCUCGAGAGAGAAGGAAAUAGUACCUUAGCUGGAUAUUUGUUUGCAGUUCACCUGCAAGAACUCUAUGUGAGACUUCAGUGUCUUUGUUGCUUGUUAACAAUAGUUAAUGAUUAUCGAGUGUUGCUUCUGUUUGUUUGUCUAAAUCUAUGCAUUCUUGUUCUGCAUUCUGGCCUUGGAUGACCUCUUCUUCUUUUUUUUUUCCCUUAAAUCGGAAUAGCGUCUAUCAUGCUUUUGAUGGUUUGAUUGAAUCUGAUUAAUACACGGUUUGAAUGGUAAAACCAGCCAUGAGCACCAGUAAAA